ACCGUGCCCGGGUCGCGAUGCGCUCGGUGCCCCCGGGACCCCGCGGGGAGCGCGGAGAGCAGCGCUGUGCGCUCGAACAAAGCCGAACUCCUCCCUGGAAAUGUCGCUCCGUCGCUGGCAAACACUGCCCACGAAGAUGGCGUCCGCUACCGACUCCCGCUAUGGACAGAAGGAGUCCUCAGACCAGAACUUUGAUUACAUGUUCAAAAUCCUCAUCAUUGGUAACAGCAGCGUAGGGAAGACCUCGUUCCUAUUCCGGUACGCCGACGACUCCUUCACACCCGCCUUCGUCAGCACUGUUGGCAUCGACUUCAAGGUCAAAACCAUCUACAGGAAUGACAAACGCAUCAAGCUGCAGAUCUGGGUGAGCGCUGGGGGUCAGGGUUUGGGCCAGGAUUAGGGCCAAGGUUGGGGU